AUGAUGUACCUGGCUUUUCUGCUGACGAUCCCUCUACUGAUGUCACUUCAGACGUCAUGCACCACCACUUCACCGCUUGAUUCUGUAAAGAAGAUUGGGCAGGCAAGUGCUCCAAAGGUUGUCACAGUAAUUGAGUUAAGAAAUAGGGCUCAGUUCAAUGCCAGAAGCUGCAAGGAAGUUAAGGACAGAUAUGGUCAAUCUGAGAACGGUCUGUACUACCUAACCACAGCUACUGGGGUGGUCUACCAGACCUUCUGCGACAUGACCACAGCGGGUGGCGGCUGGACUCUGGUGGCAAGCGUGCAUGAGGACAACAUCUACGGGAAGUGCACGGUGGGCGAUCGUUGGACCAGCCAGCAGGGCAACAACGCCAACUGGCCACAAGGGGAAGGCAACUGGGCCAACAGGAAGACUUUCGGAACAGUGGAGGGAGCCACAGACGACGACUUCAAGAAUCCUGGCUACUACGACAUCGAAGCAGAUGACAUGUCGGUGUGGCACGUUCCCAACAACACUCCGGUCAACCACUGGAAACUGGCCGCCAUCAUGCGCUACCACACUGACAGGCGCUUCCUCCAUCUGUACGGGGGAAACCUGUACCAACUCUUCCACCGCUACCCGGUCGAGUACAACGUUGGGGCACACCUGUCCGACAAUGGACCCUCCAUUCCCAUAGUGUAUGACCUCGGGGACAAAGAGUCUACCAAAAAUUUAUACGGCCCUUACUCUGGAGGGGAGACCGAGGGAGGCUUCAUCAGUUUCAGAGCCAUAAACCAUGAACGGGCGGCCACAGCCAUCUGUUCUGGGGUCAAACCCAAAGGCGGUAAUGUUGAACACUACUGUAUUGGUGGCGGUGGGUUUUUCCCUGAGGCUAACCCUCUUCAGUGUGGGGAUUUCACUGGCUUUGCCUGGAAUGGCUAUGGGACCCAUGUAGGCUUCAGUGCAUCAAAACAGAUGCUUGAGUCAGCUGUGUUACUCUUUUACCGCUAA